AAGUCUGGAUCGCGAUCGGAUCAAUUCAGUGCGAGUCGAUCUUUCGAGCGCGCAGCAACGUUUCGAUCAGGGUUAAAGUGGUUUCUAGUGAGAGGAUUGCAAAAAAGUGUAAUCAACCCAAGCAGUGUGUCGUGACCCGCGCAAGUGCUAUUGGAUAGUUUUGUUCUCUGUGAGAAAAUUCAUACCGUACCUGGCUGAUUAACGAUUGAUAAAAAUGAUCUCUAAAAGUGUAACGACGAUUCUGGUAGCAGCGGUGCUAAUACAAGCGACAUGUGGUUUACCGGCUCCGCAAUGGCUAACGUUCAAGGAUGGCAAAUUUGGAGUCAAUUUCGGAGGCUACCACGCCGAGGCAGGACUCGGAGGAUUUCUGACCGGAAACACGGCCCACGGUGGACUCUCAGCUUCGGCCGGUACCCCCAACGGACAACAGGCUGGAGCCGGCCUAGGCGGAAUACUCGACGGAAAUGAUCGCAGUGCCGGUGGAGGUUACGCUGGUGCUACAGCAGGAAAUGGCGUUGGAGCUAGUGCAGCAUUCGGCGGCGGUUUGAACAACGCAGGAGGCGCUGGUGGACUAGGUGCCGAGGCUCACGCACCCGGAACGAGCAAGAAGGUUGUUAAACUUGGACAAACAAAUGGAGCUGCCCCGCCUAGUGAGACUCUACUAGUGCAUGAUGCAUCGCCAGCACCAGUAGCCGUUCAUACCCGUUUCAACGAUGAAACUAGUGUGAAAACCAAGACCAAAACUAUUUUGAAGGAAGUCCAUACUGAUCUGGAAGCACCUCCGGCAGUUCAGCCACCGUCCCGUAGCCAUACCAAAACCAUUUACAAGAAGAAGGUCAUCACUCGCCCGCAUAAGGUAGCGAUUGUUGAAACAAGUUCCUAUGAUAAUGGCGCUCAAGGUGGUUACAUUUCGAACAACGUCGAUCUGAAUCGAUUUUUCGACUUCCAAACCUUUACCAACAUUGCGGCUAGCUACUCACAUCCUGCACCGCCUGCGCCAUCAUCAUUGAAUCACGUUGUGCGAGAACAGCACCAUGACUCCGAAAUUCAAAAAGAGGUUCAUCUGAACACCCGGUAUGAUUCAAACAGCCAUUCCGGAGGCUCUACUCACACCCACACAGUUCAGGCUUCGGGCAAUCCCAACUUCUGGAACGAUAUUUUCAACAUUCCUAUUUCGACGCUCGGUGCGGUAAACCAGUUUCUGAACAACAAGUCGGGAAGCGGAACUGUUCACGUUCACAAGCACACCGAAGUGCAUUAACUUCGCUGCAGUAGUACUUCUUCAUGUCAGAUGAAUAACAGUGAAUAUAUUUCUUGAUCUACUUACGUAUCGUAAAAUCAGUGAAAUUCAUCUAUAAGUGUGAGAUUAUCGAAUAAAAUAAAAUAUUAUAUUUUGUAAAGCCAGUGAUGUA